ACGGAUCCUAUCAAAUAUUUCACAUUUUCUAUGAUCAUCUCUAUUUUAGGUAUUCGGGGAAUCCUCCUUAAUAGACGAAAUAUUCCUAUUAUGUCAAUGCCAAUUGAAUCAAUGUUAUUAGCUGUCAAUUCGAACUUUUUGGUAUUUUCCGUUUCUUUGGAUGAUAUGAUGGGUCAAUUAUUUGCUUUAUUAGUUCUAACAGUGGCAGCUGCGGAAUCUGCUAUUGGAUCAGCCAUUUUCGUUAACACUUUUCGAGUCCGAGGGACUAUUGCAGUCGAAUCCAUAAAUUGCAUUCAAGGUUAA